CUCAAACGUCAUCGAUAUUUGUUUUUGUUUAUAAUUUAAUUACAACUUAAAUAAAUAAGAAUUCAGAAUGGUUACUCAAAUAAUUGCAGGUUUAAAAAACUUCUUCAUAUUCAAGUCUUCUCUUGGUGCCAACGAAGGAGAGGAAUUGAAGAAAAUAUUGUAUUACUAUCCUCUAACUGAUAACACUGAUGUGCAAAUAAAAAAUGUGGGAUUUGUGGAAGGUAUCAUUCAGUUUACGGAUACAUUUAAACCUUCUUCACACGUUAAUUCACUACACACUAAUAAAACCAGGCAUUUGUAUUAUCAACCAGAGAAGGAUUUUUGGAUGGUUAUGGUGUUAAAAUUAAACCGAUCUACAAAAGAAAAGGAAAUAUCAAACGACACGGAAGAUUUAGAAGAUGACAUUGAAGAUAAUGUUUACGAAGCUCUGCUGAAACAAGCUUAUUUAAUGUAUAGACUAUUCUGGGGUACAUUUAAAGAUGCCAAGAAUACCGAUUCGCUUAAAAUGACGUUAGAAGUCUUUUACAGAGCUUACCUGCAAACGAUCAAAUUAGCCAAUGCAGAUGUCCUAAACAUGUUCUCUGGAAUACAAUACCUUCCGGUAGAUAAGCAUUGUUUUCUUAAAGUACAAACAUUUGUUAACUGCUUAGAAAGCUCUUACGAUUUCAUCGAAAACGCUUCGUUUCUUUACAAUGACUACUUAAUAUGGAGUGGUAUAGAGCCAUCUGAUAUGCAAGUCGUUUAUCAGUAUUUAGUAGGGACAUUAUUACCAGCUAACGUUGAGACAGAAUUACUGGGAGGAUCGAUGCCUAGAAAUUCGACAUCGCCUUUUGCACCUUUAAGGCACGGCAGGUUCAUUACAGGCCCGUCAAAUCUCAAAUCAGCUAAAACCAUAGGCAAAGUGCCUAAAGUAUAUUUGUUUGCUAGCGGAAAAUCACAAGAAUAUCACUUGGUUGUUUAUCGAGCACUCAGCGCAACCGUUUGCCUAUUUAUUAAAGGUGAUACCGAACUUACAUUAGAUCUAUUCAAAACUCUAGACGAAGACCUCAAUACCAAAUUGCUUUGUAUAGUUUCCGAUAUAGCGGAUUAUUGUUCAAAGCAAAUUAUAACCCCUAAUUUAUCGGAUUCCUCGCCGAGGUAUAUUUAUUUUAAUAACGUAAAUUUAGCGUAUUCCAGUAAUGUUCAUCUAGAUAAUAAGCAAAGCGGGAAUUUAGCUUGUCCUAAAGAAUCGGUCAGAAUUGCCACGGAAAUGAAAGGGAACCUUCCAUUUUUGGGGCCCGCCGGCGAAACCAUCGUGAAAACGAUGAACGAUUUUUGGGUCGUUAUGAAAACCUCCAAUCAUCGCGAAUGUUAUAUUGCUCUCCAACAGAAAAAUGCUAGUCUAAUAGGUAUAAGCGAGGAAGUUAAGCGACUCUGCGAUACGGAACUCAAAGGUAUAUUCUUCAAACAAAUAUAAAAUAUAUGAAUCUAUUAAUACAAUACGUCUGUUAAUAUACACUUCAAUUAAAUGUUAUAUAUACAAAUUUUACCAAUCCAUCGGUUUACCUUCCCAAGUGUAAAAUGCACCAUUGUGUUCAACUGAAAGGAUCUUCAUCAAAUUAAUGAUAGAAUUUACAGAAGUAUCUACAUCCAUCGGGGCAUUGGAACCUCCCAAGUCAGUUUUGACCCAACCGGGAUGAAUAGCAGUUACUAGAAUACCGUCUUUUUUUAAAUCGACGCUUAACGUUUUGGU